CAAAGAGCAACCAAAAAAAUGAGUAUUUUGUCUCCGGGUUUUGUCUGACAUCCAUCUGAAUGUAGCUGGAAGCUUCCCGGUUCCGCUCCUGACAACCCUGGACGGAUUCGUGUCGACUGCCCAGAGUCCGCGAAUUCAAGUCCGCUGUCUCCCGUUAUCAGCAAAUCUAUCGUUUCCGAAUAAUAAUAACGAGAGGACGAGCCAGAAGCUCUGUUAAAACCAAGCCGGUGACCAGUGAGACUGACCACCCAACUCCCAUCAACAUGUCACUGCACCAGUUUCUGCUUGAGCCCAUCACCUGUCACGCCUGGAACCGGGACAGAACCCAGAUCGCCAUCAGUCCCAACAACCAUGAGGUUCACAUCUAUCAGAAGAGCGGUAACCAGUGGGUGAAGAGUCAUGAGCUGAAGGAGCACAAUGGACACAUCACAGGUAUCGACUGGGCUCCUAAGUCCGACCGUAUCGUGACCUGUGGGGCGGAUCGUAACGCCUACGUCUGGUCUCUGAAGGACGGCGUCUGGAAGCCCACGCUGGUCAUCCUGAGGAUCAACAGAGCUGCGACCUUCGUCAAGUGGUCUCCUCUGGAGAACAAGUUCGCUGUGGGCAGCGGAGCCAGACUCAUAUCAGUCUGUUACUUCGAGUCUGAUAACGACUGGUGGGUGAGUAAGCACAUCAAGAAGCCGAUCCGUUCCACCGUCCUCAGUCUGGACUGGCAUCCUAACAACGUGCUGCUGGCGGCUGGAUCCUGUGACUUCAAAUGCAGGGUGUUCUCGGCCUACAUCAAGGAGGUGGAGGAGAAGCCCGGCCCCACCCCCUGGGGGUCCAAGAUGCCGUUUGGGGCGGUGCUGGCUGAGUUUGGGGGUGCCGGAGGGGGAGGAUGGGUCCACUCUGUGUCCUUCUCCUCCUCUGGUAACAGACUGGCCUGGGUCUCACACGACUCCACUGUUACUGUGGUGGACGGCACCAAGGGAUCCACUCCGUCUCAGUUGAAGACUGAGUUCCUCCCUCUGCUCAGUGUUCUCUUCAUCUCUGAGAACAGCGUGGUGGCAGCGGGUCAUGACUGUUGUCCCAUGCUGUUCCGUUGUGAUGACGGAGGAUCCCUGACGUUUGUCUCUAAGCUGGACCUUCCCAAAGCCUCCAUCACGAGAAACAUCUCCGCUAUGGAGCGCUUCAGAAACAUGGACAAGAGAGCGACCACAGAGGACCGUAACACAGCCCUGGAGACACUGCACCAGAACUCUAUCACUCAGGUCUCUAUCUAUGAGGGAGACCAGAGGGACUGUCGUAAAUUCUGCACCACGGGCAUCGAUGGAGCCAUGACCAUCUGGGACUUCAAGAGUCUGGAGGCGUCCAUCCAGGGGCUGAGGAUCAUGUGAAGGACCAGCUAAACCCCCCCCCCCCCCCCCCCCUUUCCCUGACAACCCCCCCCCCCCCC